AUGGAUACUGAAGAGGCGAUUAAGUAUUUGGUCCUUGCAAUUACUAUGAUUAUAGCAGCGCAUAAUUGCAGUUCAUUACCAUCGGAUGGUGGACAUACGCUUCUAUUGGGUGCUUCGCUCACUGGAAAUCAGACCAUAUUGUCAAAGAAUGGCACGUUUGCAUUAGGUUUUUUCAGUCCGAGAGGCACGAAUAACUGGUACAUUGGCAUCUGGUACGCAGGAAAAACACAAAAGAUCAUAGUUUGGGUGGCUAACAGAGAGAAUCCAGUCAGAAGCAUGCCCGGCGGCGUUCUGCACUUUUCAAGAGAUGGUCAACUUAGAUUGCUUGAUAGAAAGGCCCGGUCAGUUUGGUCGACUGAUAUUCAUCUGAAAGGAUCGCGGGCAGUGUUAAGGGACUCUGGCAAUUUCAUUAUGCUGGGUGAUGGUCACAACAAGUCUGAGAUUGUUUGGGAGAGUUUCGCGCAUCCGACAGAUACAUGGUUGCCUGGCAUGAAGAUGUGGAAAGGAAUGCAUCUUACUUCCUGGAAGAGUUCGGUGGAUCCUGCAGCAAGUGGGCUUUUCUCUUAUGGAAUGGACAUGUCUCCACGAAAGACGCAGAUGGUAUUGGUCUAUAAUAACAGUAUUCCAUAUUCCUCAAGUGGAGAGUGGACUGGGAAUUAUUUUACCAAGAUUCCCGAGAUCGGGGCUGAGAAGAGAUUCCGAUUGUUUUGUGUGAGAAUUUCUCCUGAAAGCAUAUACUUUAAUUUUAGCAUAAACCAGGUAGACCAUACCCUCAACGGGCGGAUAAUUUUAUCUGAGAACGGCAUGUUGGAGCUUUACUACUUGAUGGAUGAUAAUAGGUGGACUAUUGAGUGGUCGACAUUCGGAGGUCAAUGGAGUGACUAUGAUAUUUGCGGAGCGUAUGGAGUGUGCAAUAAGAAUGAAGUGUGUAGUUGUUCUGAGGGCUUCGCGCCUAAGCAUGCCUCUGCAAGUUGGUGGUCAAACGGCUGUGCUCGACGAAGACCCCUGCAAUGCUCUGUCACAGAGGGUACCACCGACGACUUCUUGGAAGCCAAGAAUCAGUACUUACCCGAGAAAGAAGCUGUCUCAUACAACAACAAGGCAACAUUGGAAGACUGCCGGAUUGCUUGCCUCAAAAAUUGCUCCUGCACAGCGUUUGCUUGUGCUAUUUCUGAUCCACCCGUCUGUAGACUGUGGUUUGGGGAUUUGUUCAAAAUACGCGUUUCAUCUGACGGCCAAUCGGUCUUCAUUAGGCUGGCUGCUUCUGAGUUUCCGCACUUGACAUCAGAGCGAGGUAACAAAGCCCCUGCACUUAGAGUCUUAUUGCCUGCUGCAGCCGCUGCUUUCUUUGCCGUUUUGGGUCUCCUGUCGGCCAUAUUUAUUGUGUACAAACGUCGAAAACUGCAGAUGAAAAGAAAAGAAGAGGACGUGCCAACUUCACUCAAAGUAUUCACUUACAAAGAGUUGCGAAUUGCAACCCAGAAUUUCAAGCAUAAGCUGGGGACCGGAGCAUUUGGCUCCGUGUUCAGAGGAACUCUUCCAGACAAUACGCUUGUGGCGGUAAAAAGAUUAGAGGGUUCUGCACAAAUAGAAAAGCAAUUCCGUGCCGAAAUAAGCACUAUCGGCAGAAUACAGCACGUGAAUUUGGUGAGGCUCUGGGGAUUCUGCGUAGAAGGCUCUCGUAGGCUACUGGUGUAUGCUUACAUGCCCAAUGGUUCUCUAAACUCCUUCCUUUUCUGUAAAGAUGAAAAAGUAGAGAAGAUGUUGGAUUGGAAGACUCGGUUUCAUAUCGCUCUGGGCACUGCAAGAGGAUUAAUUUAUCUCCACGAAGAAUGCAGAGAUCGCAUUAUUCACUGCGAUAUUAAGCCCGAGAAUAUUCUUCUGGACGGCGACUUCAGCCCGAAGGUUGCUGAUUUUGGGUUGGCAAAGCUUGUGGGUAGAGAUUUCAGCCGCGUAUUGACGACCACAAGAGGAACUCGAGGUUACUUGGCUCCCGAGUGGAUCUCUGGCCUUCCUAUCACUCCCAAGGCAGACGUAUAUAGUUUUGGUAUGACGUUGUUGGAAAUUAUUUCCGGUAGAAGAAAUCUCGAUUUAACUGUGGAGGAAAGCAGGUUGUACUUUCCUACCUGGGUUUCAUCACAGAUUGAGAGGGGAAACAUACUAGGCGUUGUAGAUGCAAGGAUAGCAAGUGAGGCAGACAUCGAAGAGGUGAAAAGAGCGGUUGUGGUGGCUGGGCAGUGCAUUCAAGACGAUGAGGAUGAGAGGCCGAGCAUGAGUGAAGUGGUGAAGAUAUUGCAAGGGACGAUGGAGGCUCCUCCGCCACAAAUUACGAGGUCUCUACAGUUGCUUGUUGUUUAG